AUCAUGGGCUUGUUCGGCGUGACGCUGGACACGCGCGUAUUUCGCAAGGACGAUCGCUUAGGCGCGACCGUAGCUCUUGGCAGAGAGCUAGCUCGUACAGGCAACACUAUCGAUUGGCUAGGCGCAGGUCUGCUGCUUCCCCCUUGUAGGCAGCUCAGCAGCUUCCCAGCGUUUCCGAUAACCACAGUCUCAGGAAAAGCGACGCUGUCGACAAUUUCCGGUAUACGAGAAGUUAGCACGUUCUACAACAGCUUUGAAGGAAUGCAAUGGCUUUGCGACUUACCGCUGGUGGUCUCCAUGGAUGACGGAGGAUACACUACCAUCCGGGCUCAGACUCUUCGCGUGUUGUCCCUGACGGCGGGACCUGACGCAAACCAGCCGCACUUGCGCACGUUGAGCACGAACAGAGGGACCUAUAGUUGCAAGAUUCACGACUACAAUGAGAUGAGUCUCUCUGAGACUAACCGCCAUGAUGACUUCAUUCCUGCUGAGAAUUCCAGGGUGUUGAUGGUCAACUUGGGAGAAUUGAAGCAGCCCACUAUGGCGUCAUUCGCCCGAUUUUUGGAUCCGUGGGCAGGACGGGCAAUAUUAGUAAAGGAGCAUGCACCAGAGAGGUUUCAUCGCAUCGCUUGGUGCGAAUACAACACUUACAAUGCCCGUAACGGUCUUUUUGAGGAGGCAUGCGGCAUGGACGAUGUGUCCAUAGGAGGUCCUGAUCCUCUUUGUGAUGUCCAUUAGCUAGUUAUGUGUGUCAUAGUAGUCAAACAUUUGCGCUCGAAAUUUCGGUAUGUUCACAUGACAUCUUACAGAGCGUAACAGCGGCUUAUGUGCCUCGCCAACAAGCGUAAGUAUAAUUAGCUGCGCUCAGGCCCUAGAGUCUCCAGGAAGCCAGCUCAGUGGUAAACAAAAGUAUCACCAUUGUUCCUCAAUCUUUGCAUGGCAAAGUGAUGAAGGCGGCCACCAGCGUCUCGGAUUGAAUUGUGAUGUAGUCCGUACCACACUUUCAGCAAUUGCGAAACAAGCUUAAGACUACUGUUGCGUGCCCGUCCAACCACAUGAGACUGUGAACGUGAGAUAUCGC